AUGGAUUGGCCUGGUUUGAUAGCAGUUGAAUCAUGCAUCAGAGCAUGCACACAUGCCUUGAGAGGGAUCCAUGCUGAAUUAGUAAAUCUUCCAAAGCGUCAAAAGUUAUCGCUUGUCAUUUUCAUGACAUGGCGUUUCUUCCUUUUCUUUUUUGACCUUGUUGCAGCCUUUUCUAUAGAGAAAGGUAUUGCAUUAAGUUUCUCGGUAGUUGACCUGUGCUACAUAAUGGGGAAAAGGGCUCGAGUAAACGUUUGGAUGGCCCAUUACCAAGCAUUGCUAACAUAUGGUGAACGAAAAUGCGCGGUUCUGCAUAUCACUUUGGCAGGCGUGUCUUGCUCCAUUUGCGAGCGCUGAACCCUUUAUGUAGAUUUUUUACCAGGUCAUCCGUCUUGUCUCUACUUUAUUCUUCUAUUAUUCCUUUUCCGUCUUUCUAUUGAUCUUCUUUUCGUUUGCGAUAAUAGCUGUACAAUUUCCGGUCAGCUCUUCUUCCCGGUUCUCCAGCUCGCCGCUUGACUAGAUCUUCCUCUCCAUUUAAAUUUGUUUCUUCUGUGGUUUACAUUCUCUAAUCACUCGUCUAAUAUUCUCAUUUAUUGCACUUACUGCCACUAUCACCGUUAUCAUUAAUCCAAAUGCGCUAAUAAACCUUGACUGC